GAAAUGUGAUCACUCAAAUCACCACCUCCAUAAAUGAUAUGUAGCCAAAAGAUAAAGGAAAAAGAGAAAGAAAGGAUAAAGACAUCAAAAAGGAUGAAAGCAAAUAAAAAGUGUUUGUAAGAAAAUGGAAAAAAUCCAUUAAUUAUUAAACUGGUUAUUUGUUAUUACAUUAAUACAAAAUCAAUAGUAGCUGAUACUAUAGAUAUUUGUCCGGCUUCUCUCUCUCCAAAUAUUUUACUACCUAGUUCUCUCUGUCUGCCUAGAAAAUAUUGAAUCUUUUUUUAAUUUACUAUAGCUGACUCCCCUUUCUCCCUUCCUUCACAUCAAUAGUCGCAUAAAGUUUUGAAUUUUUUUUUAACUAUGCAAAGCAGCAAUCACAAAUGAAAAUGAUUGUGUACUAGGGCAUGGACAGCUUCAAGGGGCUAUUUUUGGAGUCCCCCAUCACAGCUCCACCUGUUUUGCUUGUCAAUAUGUUUUCAUGUAGGAGAGCUGACUGAUGGACAGGAACAGAUUAGGUUUAAGGAUUCAUCACUCUGGAUCAUCACAAUCAGAGGAAUCUGCUUUAGAUCUGGAAAGAAACUACUGCAGUCAUCCUAAUUUGCUGUGGUCAAGUCCGUCGCCACUUCAACCUUUCACUUCAGGUGGGCAGCACUCUGAGAGUAAUGCUGCCUACUUCUCCUGGCCCACAUUGAGUCGACUAAAUGAUGCAGCAGAAGUCAGAGCAAACUAUUUUGGAAACCUCCAGAAGGGAGUGCUCCCUGAAACUCUUGGGAGGUUGCCAUCAGGUCAGCGAGCUACCACCUUGCUUGAGCUGAUGACCAUUAGGGCAUUUCAUAGCAAAAUAUUGCGGCGGUUUAGUCUUGGCACAGCAAUUGGGUUUAGAAUCCGGAGGGGUGAUUUGACUGAUAUUCCUGCAAUUCUUGUUUUUGUUGCCCGUAAAGUUCACAGGCAAUGGCUCAGCCAUGUCCAGUGCCUACCUGCAGCCCUUGAGGGACCAGGAGGUGUAUGGUGUGAUGUGGAUGUCGUAGAAUUCUCAUAUUAUGGUGUUCCUGCAGCAACUCCAAAGGAACAGUUGUAUACUGAGCUGGUAGAUGGCUUGAGAGGAAGUGACCCGUGCAUUGGGUCCGGAUCUCAGGUUGCUAAUCAAGAGACCUACGGAACCCUGGGUGCGAUUGUGAAAAGCCGAACAGGUAACCGCCAGGUUGGUUUCCUCACAAAUCGGCAUGUUGCAGUUGACUUGGACUACCCAAACCAGAAGAUGUUUCAUCCUUUGCCACCAAGCCUCGGACCUGGGGUGUAUUUGGGUGCUGUGGAGAGAGCAACCUCAUUUAUCACUGAUGAGCUUUGGUAUGGCAUAUUUGCUGGAACAAACCCAGAAACAUUUGUCAGAGCAGAUGGGGCCUUCAUUCCUUUUGCAGAAGAUUUUAACAUGAACAAUGUAAAUAUAACUGUCAAAGGUGUUGGUGAGGUUGGUGAUGUCCAUGUUAUAGAUUUGCAAGCUCCAAUUAAUAGUCUCAUUGGAAGGCAAGUGGUCAAAGUUGGAAGGAGUUCUGGCUUGACUACUGGGACCAUAAUGGCCUAUGCCCUAGAGUACAAUGAUGAGAAAGGGAUUUGUUUCUUUACUGAUUUUCUCGUUGUCGGUGAGAACCAACAGACAUUUGAUCUUGAAGGUGACAGUGGAAGCUUGAUUCUCUUAACGGGCCAGGAUUGUGAGAAGCCACGGCCAGUUGGGAUCAUUUGGGGUGGGACGGCUAAUCGUGGUAGGUUGAAACUUAAAGUUGGCCAACCCCCAGAAAAUUGGACCAGUGGAGUUGAUCUUGGUCGCCUUCUUGACCUCCUUGAACUUGAUAUCAUCACAACCAAUGAGGGGCUUCAAGCUGCAAUUCAAGAUCAAAGAAAUGCGUUGGCACAAGGAAUAGAUUCUACUGUUGGAGAGUCAUCUCCUCUAGACCGAGUGCCAUCGAAAGAAAAAAUUGAAGAAAACUUUGAGCCUCUAAAUUUAAACAUUCAGCAAGUGACAGGUGAAGGUGAGUCCCAGCAAGGACAGACCCCACUUUUCAUUGGCCCUGAAUUUCAUAUAGAAGAUGCGGUAGAAGCUUCUCCAAAUGUGGAACAUCAAUUCAUCCCAAGUUUCUCGGGGAGAUCUCCAAUGCAUGAUAACACACCCCAGGAAAACCCAGAAUUGAAAAAUCUCUCAGCAUUAAGAAGCGACUCUGAUGAGAUGUGUUUUUCAUUGCAUUUAGGUGAGCCUGAACCAAAGAGAAGAAAGCAGUCAGAUUAACCUUUUAGCAUUGAGGAAUCGAAAUGAAGGUUCAAUGCUGCUUGGAAAAACUCUUGAAAAAUGGAGUUUCAAGAUUGUUUACACAUUCUUCCCCAGCUGCUUGGCCUUCAAAUUCUGAAUUGUAAGUAUCCUGAAAUGUUAAAUUGCAAAGAGAAAUUAAGGUUCAUACCUCAACUAGGUAAAUUAUGAUUCUUUUUUUCCAUGUUCUGGUUAAGGUUACAGCUUUAGGUUAUGUGAGUCAUACAUUAUCCAGUAGAAAAAUGGUUAGGGAGGUCCUUCAUUAAAUAUGUCUUCAAUUGUAUUUACCUAUGUCAAAAUUGUUGUACCAUAAACACUCCUAAAAUGGGGGCAUGAACAGUUAGUUAAACAUAAAAUGUCAUUUUGACAAACCAUGUCGGUUCUAUCCUUUGCCCCGGAGGAGUUCUCCUUCGGAUAAAACUUGUUGAAGCUUGUUGGAGUAAAUAAUGAAUCAUUUUAGUCUGCCUUUGACAAA